GUUGCUGCAUAAAACAUAUUUUGCUGCGAAACAGAUGGUAUUUUGUAUCUAACAUUCCUGAAGGACUUAAUGUUACUGUAAUCUUAGGAGUCUGUCGGUGCCCGUGUUCAGGCGCUGGUGGGUGGAGAUUGUCAUCGGUGCAGCUAGAGAUCAUAAUAUUUUUCGAUUCCAAGGAAAUGGAGUGUGUCUUGAUCUUUUACAGUUAAUGGAUGAGUGUUUGAAUGAUUUCCUCAUAGCGGGCCUGAUAACACCAUGGAUCAGAUGACAAUGAUCUCUCCCACUUUAGAUUUAUCUAGAUCUGAAGAGGGAGACAAUGUGCACGUUUUGGAAAACCUGCUGUCCUUCAAGGAGGACAGGAAGAAGUCUGAACUAUCUCUUGAGGUCCAUUUGGAGGCUCUGAAGGCCAAACGCAAGCAGCAGCUGGAGAAUUUAGAGCUUCAGCACCAGACUGGGCUGGAGAAGAGGGUCCUGCAGAACUCACUGCUCACCAGCAGCACUGAGUGGAUACUUAAAACCAAUAUACUGCAGCAGAGCAUCAGCGAUCAUGAUGGCCGAUACUCUGAGAACCGCAAACACCACAGCUCAAAGGUGAUUCUGCGGAAUUUUACAUCAAGUGGAAUCAAGCCACCAAGAACUACUGGAACGAAUUCUCAGGGAACGGUGACAGAGAGGCAGAGGAAGCCUCUCCCCCAAGAUUCACAGAAAGCCAAAGAGGAGGCAGAACUGGUUGAGUGUCAGAAACAGUUUCGUGUUGCUCCCGUCCCUGAGCACAUCAUUAAACCUCUUUAUAAUGACCUCAUCCAUGAACAAGAGCGCUUGAGGAAGGAAGGUCGUGAGCAGAGGAGAGAUUUCCUCUUGACCAUGCAGAAGCCCUUCAGUUUCCACAAGAGGGAGGAGAAGAAGCAAGAGAGGUUGAAGGAGUAUAAAAGUGAAAAAACACAAGCAGUUUGUGUGAGGAAACCUAUACCCAAAGCAGUUUCAGACCCCAGGUUUCCUGAACAGUUAAAAGAACAGGAGCAGCAAAGGAAGAUUCGCAUUCAUCUGAGAGCUCAGGAGACUCUGAAAGCUUCCUCAGCACCUAUUCAAAGGAAGGAAGCCAGUGCAGAUAGCCAAAGCCGCAGUGCUCAGAAGAGCAAAAACAAGAUGCUGGGUUACUUGGACCAGAAGCUGUCCUUCAGACCUAAAACUAACGCCGCUGUGCCUGACUUUGACAAGCUCUACCAGGCCUUUCAACAGAAGGCAAUGGAGACAGCAGAGAGGAGAGAUGUCACUCAGUGUAAACCCUUCCAGCUGCGCACAUCUGCACUACAGCCACGCCACAGGAGUCCAGAAAACCCACAGAAAUCUUCAGACAAAAUGAAUCUAAAGAGAAGCAGUUCAUUUGGUGGCCUGACAUCACUGUCUAUGGAUACUCUUCCAACUUACAUAACAGAUGCUGCCAGGAAAAGAUCCAUGGCUGUAAGGAGAUCUCUGGAGCUGAAGGACCUCAAGGAGCAGGAGAACGCAGAGUGGAUGAAGCAGCACAGAAUCAAAUCUCAAGCUAUGAGCAGGGCAGUGGCAAUGAGAGCCAAAGCAAUGGACCCCCAUAAGAGUCUUAAAGAGGUCUACCAGGAGAAACUCAAACAGCAUCGGCAAGCUGAUCUGGAGAGAAUGAAAGAUUAUCAAAAAGAGCUGAAGGAAAUCAAAUCACGAGUGACAGCUCGCCCGUACCUCUUUGAGCAGGUGUCGCAGGAAAAUGCCAAGAAUAAUGCUGAACGUAGAUAUAAGAAUACUUUGGAACAAGCAGGUUUGGAUGAAAAUUUCGUGAGAUCAAAGGGAGAAUCAAGCAAGGACAAUGACUCUGUGAAUGAGGAUCAUUACAGCACUGAAAGCGAAACCCAGAAGAGUGCAGGAAGUGGGGAAGACAGUGUCACAAAUGAGGAGGAAAAAGAAGGGAAUGUGGAAACCAAAGAGGAAGAGUUGUGCUGACAGAAGACGUGUUCCAUCAAUAUUCCAUAUGUGCAGGGGAGACUGUGGUCAGACAACAAAUCACUGGCGGAUCAUCUUAGUUUUGAAAUAUUGUGUUAUGUAUUUAUUUAUUUUUAACUUGAUUGUAGUUUUUUUAUAUAUAUACAUAUUGUGCUAGUGAAGCAGUGUGGGUCUUUAAAUAGCUGAGCCCUCUUGUUGUUUUAAUGUUUUUACAAUACAGAGGGAAUUAUGAAUGUUCAAGAAAUUCAAUAUGGGUGUCAUAACAUUUUUAAUAAAACAGAAAUCAAAAGCAAGUUUAAUUUUAUGAUUCUUAGUAUGUUAGGGGGCUACUGACCCAACAAAGAAAGAAAUAACCCCCAAAAAACCCUUGGCAACCAUAUUAAAAGCAGUAUAUUUGCUUGA